AUGUAUAUGGAAAACUUACUAGAUUAGAGUAAUCGUAACAAUAGAAGAGGGAUUGUAUUUUCUCAUACACGAAAGACUUUCACAAUAAAACCAGAUUCACCAAAAACAAGAGAAGCAUGUUUAGCUUUAGGUUAUGAUCCUCAAAUAUUUUAAUUAAAGUAAUUGUUUAAAUCUUAUAAUGGAGAACUCUUGAUGAAUUUGCAGAACCAGGUUUAAGUGAGAAAGUUUAAAAAAUGAGAUAUGAUCAUUACAUAAAAAAGACUGAAAGUAAAACGGAAAAUGGAUUAAAAUAGGUGCUUUAUAAGAAAUAAGCAAGAUGCGUAAAGUGAUAAUCAAGAAAUAAAAAGCUAUAACUAAUUUACAUCUAGAGAAGAGUUAUUAAAGAGAUGAAGAGUAAUUUAAUAUUGAUAUUAAAGAUUAGUGAAUGAUUUAAUUGAAACAUACAAUAAGAAGAUGAGUAAUAUCAAUAAUGAAGAAAAGGAUGCAUCUUAUCUAUCAUUUGAUGAAGAAGAUCCUAUUCUUGUAUUAGAAUAACAAUUAGAAAAGGAAAUUACAAAAUAUAAAAAAUAGUUGCAAGUAAAAGCUAAGGAAGUACAACAUUAAUUAGAUAAUGAAAAAAAAAGAUAAAAAUUAUAGCAGGAUAUGAUUGAAAGAGAAAAAAAGAUUGAAGAAUUAAAAUCAAGAAUAGCUCAUUAAAAAGAAAUUAAAAAAAAAGAAUUAAAACGUGCAGCAAUAAAAAAAUUUAAUGAGAUUAAAGAAAAAGAAAAAGAAAAAUAAAGAAAAUUACUAGAAGAUAAAAAAAAGUAAGCUGAAAAAUUUGACUAAAUGUAACUAAUUUAUUUAUUAAAUAAGUUGUAAGAAAUUAUAAGAAGAUGAAUUAUAGUAAAAGAAAGAAUUAGAAGAAUAAGAAAGAAGAUAUUAAGAAAAAAGACAUUAAAUCUAAUAAAGAAAAUAAAUCUAAGAUAAAGAAUAUAAUUUACAUUUGGCUUUAACAAUGAAUUAAAUUGAAUAAAAAUGGACUGAAACUUCAUAAAAUAAAGAUAGAUAAAUUUGGGAAUCCAAAUUAGAAAGAUUAACUAUGAGAAGUACUUUGCAUGAAGAAAAAUUAAGAAUUUAUAAACUUAAAACAUAAUAAAGAGAAAAAUCUUUAAUGUAAUAGAUUGUGGAAAAAUUAGCUCAUAAAGAAGAAGAUUUAAAAGGUAUAUUUAUAAUCUUUAUUAAUCAGUCUUGAGAUAAUCAAAAGAAAAGGAAGAAUUAUUAAGAAUUAAUGAAGAAAAAUUAAGAAGAAAGAAAAUAGAAAAAAGUUUAAAGAAUAUUAAAUCUUAAUAAUUUGAUAAAGUUGAAAAUUUAUAAAAAAAAUUUCAAUUACUUGAAGAUUAUUCAGAUAAAAGAAGACAUGAAUUAGAAAAUUAAAAAUAUUUGAAAAAAGAAAAAAUGAAAUUAAAAUAAUAAGAUCUACUUGAAAAUUACUAAAGAUAGGAAAGAUUGAAGGAUUUCAAAUUUAAACAAUUAAUAAAAUCAACCUAACAAUUGAAUGAAUAAAAAUCUUUAGAAAAAAUCUCAAAUGAAUUAAUACGUAGAGCAUAACAAGAACUUUAGCGAAAAUUAAAGAAAGAUUCAGAAAAUCUUGAUUAGAGUUUAGUAAGUGUUAGUUAAGCAGAUGAAAAAUUAUUAAAGUAAAUAAAUUAUUAUCUCUAUUUUUAGUUAAAAAGUAAGUUAACUUGAAAAGAAUUUAUCAAAUCUAGCUCAAAAUUCUAAAAUAUUAAAUUGA